GUUUUGAGGUUAUGAGUGUGUUGACAGUUGGUUCACUUCAAUAUUGAAGUAUUUAAAACGUAAAGAUUCUCAUGUUUUUAUAAUUAAAUAGUCAUUAUUUAAUACAUAAAAACGUUGUAAAUAAAAUAAUGACAACCUCGAGGGAUUUGAAUCAUGCAAGAAAAAUUCUUGUCAACGCUUUGGGCGAUAAUGCUAAACUAUAUUUUGAAAAGAUGAAAAUGUGGUUCCAAAUGAAGUCUUCCAAAGAAGAAUUCGAUACUGAAGUACGAAGUAUUAUGACAAGCGAGCAAAUACAUUUGCAUAAUGAAUUUUUGUUGUGUUUAUUUAACAAAGUGCGAGGGCUUGCUUCUGCAACACCUUCAAGACCUCCUAAAGUAAAUAAUACUCAUGCUCAUGUAGAGAAAGAGAAAUCGUUGAAAGAGAAAAAGAUGAAGCUAAAACGAAAAUACAAAACUGAUAAAUCAAACUUUGAGCCAGCUGAUGUGUAUGUUGAAGUUCUAAGUCAAAUAUCUUCACCAGUUGGAGAUGAACCGAUUGGAGCUAAUAGAUCAAGUGCACAGGAACUGGUAUUACCUGAUAAAACAUUUGUAUUAGCUAGAUUGAUGUUAGCAGCUUGGGAAAAUAAUAUGGACGGUGCUGAAGAAAAUACCGCUCACAUUAUCAUUGCUGCAACUCAAAUAUUUCUAAAAAAUUUAAUCACAGCAAUAUUAACACGACGAAAUGGUUUUGCUGUGAAACGUAAAUGCUUUAUCCAUAAUAUUGGAGAACCUGUUCCAAGUUCUUGGAAAAGGAAUACUAUGUAUAUACCUCGUGGAAUACAUUAUAGUCCUCCAACUGAUAUAGUAGAUCCAGACGGCCAAGUACCUGCAAUGAAACAAAGCGUUGAAGAAGUUGAACAAGUAACAGCUUUUGCUAUGGCAUGUUCUACACAAACAUUGCCACCUUCACUUCCUCCUGUAGGAGUAAAAGACUUAUUACAAACUUUAAAGAUAUACAAAAAUUUAGUAAGUAAUCAUACAAUAUAUGCAACCAACAUGGAACGAUUAUUUACAUAUGCUACGCAUCCGACCUGGGAAGAUCUCGAAGCUAAACAAUUGACUUGUUGAUGUAAACUUAUAGGUGUUUUUGUCAUUAUUGCUCACAUAAUUUAAUAAAACUAUUUAUGAGUCAAA